GGCGACUGUGGUGCUCUGGAGCUGGGCAGUUUAGUGCCGGCCCGGUCUUCGGGGGGACUCGCUUCCCGGACAGUCGUUGUUACUGCGAGUUUCCUCCUCUGCACCUCCUCUCCUGGUGAUGUACGGAGGGGUCGGAGGUUCUCGACGGACUGCAGAAGAAGCAGGCCCACCGCCCCUAAUGUUGUUGUCAGGCGGGGGAGCGGUCCCCGGGCCCCCCGGAGGAGGUGGAGGAGGAGGGGGAGGUGGGAAUAGCCGUGUGGAGCUGCUGGUGUUCGGCUAUGCCUGCAAGCUGUUUCGAGAUGAUGAGAAGGCUCAGUACCAGGAGCAGGGGCGACACCUUAUUCCUUGGAUGGGAGACCCCAAGAUCAUGAUCGAUAGGUACGAUGGGCGUGGUCACCUACAUGACCUUUCUGAAUAUGAUGCUGAAUAUUCCACGUGGAACAGAGAUUAUCAGUUGUCUGAAGAGGAAGCUAGAAUAGAAGCCCUCUGUGAUGAAGAGAGGUAUUUAGCCUUGCAUACGGACUUGCUUGAGGAGGAGGCGAGGCAAGAGGAGGAAUAUAAAAGACUGAGUGAAGCUUUGGCAGAGGAUGGUACCUAUAAUGCAGUGGGAUUCCGUUAUGGCAGUGAUUAUUAUGACCCCUCUGAACCCACUGAGGAGGAGGAGCAUCAGCCUGCAAAACAAAGAGAAGCAGCUCAGACAGAAAAUGUGGAAGAAAACGAAGAACCUUUUGUUGCCCCUCCGGGACUGAACGUACCUUCUGAUGUGGAACUGCCACCAACAGCAAAAAUGCAUGCGAUUAUAGAACGAACUGCGAACUUUGUCUGCAAGCAGGGAGCACAGUUUGAGAUCAUGCUAAAAGCCAAGCAAGCACGCAACUCCCAGUUUGACUUCUUGCGAUUUGAUCACUACCUCAACCCCUACUACAAAUUCAUUCAGAAGGCUAUGAAAGAGGGAAGAUACGCUGCUCCUUCCGAAAAUAAAGCGGAUGAGAAAAAACGUAAAGUCAAAUCGGAGGAAGAAGAUGAUGACGAUGAUGAUGAUGAUGGAAAUUAUCUGCAUCCCAGCCUCUUUGCAUCUAAAAAAUGCAGUAGGCUUGAAGAGCUCAUGAAGCCUUUGAAGGUGGUAGAUCCUGAUCAUCCGCUUGCCGCACUGGUGCGCAAAGCGCAAUCAGAUAAUAACUCGUCUGCGCCGCAGUCAACCGAUGGGGCAGCUGUACAGACAUCACAAGCGGAAUAUUCUUCUGAUUCAACUGUGGCAGCCAUGUAUUACAGUUACUAUAUGCUCCCUGAUGGGACCUAUUGCCUCGCGCCUCCACCUCCAGGCAUAGAUGUUGCCACCUACUACAGCGCGUUGCCUGCAGGGGUGACUGUAUCAAGCACUACAGGCGUAGCAGCGGUACCUCCGCCCCCUGGUACUACACCUCCACCUCCCCCAGACACAACCGAGAGCAGCAGCGGGUUGACAUCUACCACAACAUCUACAAGCACAAUUGCUCCAGUGGUUGCUAUUAUACCUCCACCCCCAGAUAUCCAACCUGUGAUUGAUAAGCUAGCUGAGUAUGUUGCUAGGAAUGGGAUAAAAUUCGAAACCAGUGUUCGUGCCAAGAAUGAUCUCAGAUUUGAGUUCCUGCAACCGUGGCACCAGUAUAAUGCUUAUUAUGAAUUUAAAAAACAGUUCUUCCUUCAGAAAGAGAGCAGUGACAACUGUCAGGGAGUAUCUUCAUCUGAAGAUGUUCCAGCAGAUACUGCCAGUGAGACACCAAGUGAGACUCCAUUUGCAGAUGAACAUGCACCUGAAGAUGCAUCUGAGCCAAGUGCUAAGGGAGUUCCAGGAACUAAAAAGGAUGUUCCUCCUCCUAAAGCUGUCAGUGAUGGUAAAUUGGUGAAAGCAUCAUUUGCUCCAAUAAGCUUUGCAAUCAAGGCCAAAGAAAAUGACCUUCUUCCUUUGGAGAAAAACCGUGUUAAAUUAGAUGAUGACAGUGAUGAGGAGGAAGAAGAGGGCAAGGAAGGCCAAGAGAAUGCUAACAGUGCUUCAAACCACACUCCAGCGGUUACCGCUCCUUGUGCUGCUGUGGAAGAGAAAAAACCUCAGCUCACGCAGGAGGAGUUGGAAGCUAAACAAGCAAAGCAGAAACUAGAGGAUAGAUUAGCAGCUGCAGCAAGAGAGAAGCUUGCACAGGCCUCCAAAGAAUCAAAAGAAAAGCAGCUACAAGCGGAGCGCAAGAGGAAAGCUGCGCUGUUCUUGCAGACCCUGAAAAACCCUCUGGCAGAGACAGAAACUGAGAAAAUGGAAGAGAAUUCCUUCAGUAACGAGAGUGUCAAUAGCAUACCAUGUCCUGUGACUGCAGUCAGAACUUUACCCACCUUAGAAGUUAAACAAGCAGAAAGGCCUUCAAGCAGAAGCAGAGAUCCUCCUAGGGAUGAAGAAAAGGAAAAGAAAAGAAAAAAACACAAGAAAAGGUCUCGGACAAGAUCUCGAUCACCAUUCAAGUAUCAUUCAUCGUCUAAGUCCAGAUCUAGAUCACAUUCAAAAGCAAAGCAUUCACUUCCCACUGCCUAUAGAACUGUCAGGCAUUCAAGAUCACGAUCAAGGUCACCUAGGAGAAGGGCUCACACACCAGAAAGGCGGAGAGAUGAAAGAAGCGUUCCAACAGCUUAUCGCAUUAGUAAUAGUCCUGGAAACAGUAGGAAACGCCCACGUUCCAAAAGUCCCCAUGAAAAGAAGAAGAAGAGGCGGUCUAGAUCACGUACCAAGUCCAAAGCUAGGUCUCCUUCACCAUCCAUGUCACCAGGCAAACCAUCCACACAUAAAAAUUCUGUACAUUCAACUAGUGUCUCUCCUGUGGAGAGCAGGGAAUCCAGCCAGGAACGCUCCAGGGGAGUUUCUCAGGAAAAAGAUGGCCAAAUCUCUUCAGCAAUUGUGUCUUCAGUACAGAGUAAAAUCACUCAGGAUCUUAUGGCCAAAGUGAGAGCAAUGCUUGCAGCUUCCAAAAACAUACAAACUAGU